AUGAAAUCAGGAGGGGAAAAGUUGAGCGCGUUUCAAUGGAGUCCGGCGCGGUAAUCCCGGAAUGAAAACAGUCGGUGCGGACAGAGAAGCUGUUGGAGUGUGGGGGAGUGAAUUGUGCCCGCUGCCUCCGGUGGAAGUGCUGUUUUGUUUUUGUGUGUGUUUCUUUUUGAAAACGGUUCAACCCGGCCUGACACGGCGCAGUUUGCUGGUUGCAAAACAGGUUGUCGCUGGUCGGGUUUCACAGCAGCACAAUUCCCCUUUCGAGUUACGUCAGGGAGGAAGGAGCGGAACGGAAAGGAAAAAGCUUCUCCUUAACAUCAUUCUACCAACUAUGUUUCACCCGCCCUGCUAAUUUUUUUAGCGUUAAGUUUGGUAGUGUGUCUCCACUUACCCCGCCCGUCGUCAAUAUGGUCUCUCCUCCACACAGCCGGGACUUUAUGCAGUGUUGUGAGCUUUCUGCGCGCUGGUCGUGAUUCCAUCCAUCUUGAAUUUGACGUCAUCCCACACCAGGGAUGAGGUCAUCGCAAAGAACGCUCGUCACGUGCACUGCGCUCUGAUAGGCUGUAGAGGACCAGGAGGCGGGCCCACUGGAAGACUCGACACUGAGGCUAAUUUAAAGGGAUAGGUCAUAUUUUUCAUUUUAGCUGUUAAUGUUUCUGUUUUUUGCAGUGGGGUUUGUUUUAGCAAAAGCUUGCAAACUGAAGUUAGUCUCUGUACUGUAAUUGACUGUGCACUUGAGCACUGUUCUGUAAUUAAUUGUGAUUUUAGUUUACAUUAAGUACAGUAUGUUUGUUGUUCUAUUUAGCUUGAUGUUAAGUCGCAUGUUACAGUAAACUAGCCAAGGGUGGAGAAUUAGGUGAUUCUUUUUCAUCUAUUUUGAUUUUAUUAUUUUUUUCAUCAAAUUUUAAUUUGAAAAAAGAAACAUUUUCACAGUGAGUGUAUACAUUUAAAAAAGCCACAGUUUGAUUUUAGCAAAUAAAAUACUUUUUUUGUAGUUUUUAAAACCUUUUUCAGGUAUUCAGCUACAGCUUGUCUGGUAGAUUUGAACAGUGAGGUGCAGAUAGAAAGUGCAUGAAACUGCACGCCCCCCUAACCCCAGAGAAACUAAUUAAGUCCCUGACUGAAUGGAAGUCACUAUAGCGUAGCAGUAGGUUCGUGUCAUUACUGGCAUCCAGUGGGGAGUUGUUACUAUGUUUAUUUGGCCUACAGGCCUCUUCCUGAAAGGUCUUGUCAGCUGCAGUACCUGGCAACAGUCUCACAACUCAGGUGUGGUACUGGUGGUGAAAGGACUAUAUUUCCAUCAAAUGCAUGAAAUGUAGCAUAAAACCAUGUUCUAUUGAGCUGAUGAAUUUUAUUCUGUGGCUGUGUAUUUGAUGCGUAGUGACCUUAGUUGACUCAGCCUGUAGCCUUGCACUUCCCUACAGCCGUAUGCUCCAGUGCGUCAGUAUGUGAGCAGUCAUUAUCAUGUAAUGACAGAGGGAAGUUUAAUCAGGCACAUUUUCACACCUCAUUACUAUAAAAGGAGCACCAUUACAUCAAUCACUGCAUUUAGUAAGAAUAAAAAAAUAGACAGGAACUCAUUUAAAAGAAUACAGAGAACCAGUAGAAUUUUCUUUCAUCAAGCAUGAAUGCAUAUUCACAUUCAUAAAGUUCACAGCGAGGACAUAAUCUUGACGUGGACUUUUUUUUUAGACCAUAUCUUUGACAGCCAAAGCAUCCCACUGGUUCUUCAUGUAAUGAGAAUGAAGGUGCGGGAAAAUGGCAGCGAAGUUCUCACUCCUCCUUACUUGACACUAAUGGCUGACACAGCCUGUUAAUGCCAGCAGCAUAGCUAGCACUGCCAUGGUUACCUGUGUGGAGACCAAGUCAUUAGGGACUUUGACUCCUCCCAUCCUACAUCUCUCCCCCUGGUGUCAUAAACAUGUUUACUGACCCUGACUCUGCCAGAGAACGAGUAAAAUGACUACUUAUUUAUUUUAGAAAAAAGAAAAUGAGGCCUCAUCUUCCUUUGCGAAAGUCACGUGAACCGAAGGCAUUUCUCUUUGUAACAUGCCGACUCACUAGCUUGUCAUGCUGCCGUACGUAACUGCAAUGCAAGAUAUCAGCUUGUCUAAAUAUUGCAAUAUUCCUCCAAAAAUGAAUGUAAUUUCUAACUCCAAAUAUUCACAUAAUUCUGCUGCUGACAGCCUUGCUUUUGUGGUCCGUUAGGGACUGAUGGUGCAUCGAGGGGAGGAGAAAGACAGAGCCACAGAGGAUUUGGUCUUUGAGCACACCCUGAACAGUCAGUUAGCAUCAUCUCAAAGAGAAACAUGCACAUACAAUGUGAUCGUUAAAUGUGUGGUUGAGGCUGUGUUCUGUGAAAAAUGAGUUGGAUGCUCUCCAUCUGGGCGGCCGCAGCCCUGCUGGCUCUCUGUAGGGGAGAAAACACUGUGCAUGAAGGAAAUAGCCUGUCCGUAAAUGGCUACCAUCUAUGUAUCCGCAAUGAGACAAGGAUUGUGACUUUCCUGGCAAUGCAUAUGGUGCCCUAUCCUGUGACAGAGUCUUGUGGUGACUGGCUACUCUGGAAGACAUGUACGGUCACACGUUACAGGAAUGCCCAUCAGACUGAGUACAAGACAGUGGUGGAGCAGGUGACCAGGUGCUGCGACGGCUACGUUCAAGUCGGUCGUUACUGUGCUCUGCCUGUAAACAGGAGUGGGGAGUUCACUGCCAAGCCAGGAUCCUGUCCAACUGCAGAUGGAUUGUAUCCUGGGUCUGAGGACUGUGAGUGGGACAUGGACUGCCCAGGCUGGCAAAAAUGCUGCCAGAGAUCGGAUCGCUCUCUCUGCAGUGAUCCUGCAAGCUCAGCAAAUUAUUCUGAGAGUGGGGGACACCGUUUUAAUGCAACCGUGACAGUGAAGACAGAUUACGAGCCAAUGAUGUCCAAGGACAGAGGACAUCUGAAUCACACAAGAUUGCUACAAGCAAUGGUGACUGGAGCUCUGCAGUCUGACGUUUCAGUUUACUUCCUCAGCUCAUGGCCUGUGCAUCCCUACAGAACUGCCACCUCACUGCUGAUUGACUGCAGCUCUGCUCUUUCGCUGUACAAUGUCACGUCAAAGCUGCAUCUUCUCCUCAAACACAUACAGGAGGUGUCGUCUGUAACCGUGGAAGCUGACAUCAGGGUCUCGACCACCACAGAGCCCCCACUUGACUACCUUCCACCCAAGAACACAACCUACAUCCCAGCUUCCAGCACCACACAGGACCCUCAGGGCAACAGCACCACGGGUCUCCUCAACGCCACUGAAACCAGCACGGCUGCACCUCUGACUAACACAAGCCCUGUCCCUUACAGUUCAUCACAUGCUCCGCAGUGGACAAGUUCUGCUCCUCAUACCAGCAUGAGCUCCACCAUAGAGUCACCUCUGCCAACAGCCACAUGCUCUCCUCCCAACAUCACCAGUUUAUGGUCGGCUAACGUCACUGGAACCUCCUUCUGUGUCUACUGGUCCAGCCAGUUUCAGAUGAACCAGACUUACCGGUUGGUUGUAAGCAACUGGUCAGAGGUCAUUCAUUCUCUGGAAACCAAUCAGACCAUGAUGGAGGUGGGAAGACUGAAGCCCGGCACGCUCUAUAACGUCACUGUCACACCUCUGGCUUGUGGAAGCCAAGGAAGCACCCUUCGCCUAUUGGUCAGGACUGAUGCUCAGACUCUUGACGCCACAGCACGACUCACCAACGUCCAGUUCACUGCCGAUCUGCAGAACACCAGCAGCCAGGCCUACAAAGCCCUCGUUGAGAGCAUUACACAGGAGAUCAGCUGGUCUCUGUCUCCAGAGAUAAAGGCCAUGGUGGAUUCAGGCCAGAUGAGACUUGAAAUCAGAGGCUUCUCCCCGGGGAGUGUGGUGGUCAACUUCACCUUGGUCUUCAUCCCCAGUCAAAGCCAAGACAUCAGUAAUGUGUCUACAGCUCUGCUGCACUCCCUGAUGAACAGCACCAAAUACACUGUGGAUAGAAACAACACAAGAAUAAUGGAUUUUAAUGAAUGUGCUUCGGGGGAAAAUGACUGUUCCCAGUGGGCUACAUGUACAAACUCCUGGGCCUCCUACACAUGUGCUUGCAUGGACGGAUUUACAGACAGCAACCCUGAACGGCCUGGACGAGCCUGUCAGGCAAUGACUACCGUGGAGACAGUGACUCCUCCACUGACACCAACUGUAUUUUCUACAGUUAGCGCGACCCCUUCCUCUCAAAUAACACCCACAACCAGUGAUCCACCUUUAAUCACUGUAACCACCACUCCAGGGAUAACCACGACCAUUACAUCAACAAGUGAAACGGUUUCCACUACAGUCCCGUCUACCUCACUGGUUUCAGCCACUUCUCCAGCCAUGCAAACAGCUCUCCCAUUUGAAACGACUGCUCAAGCUACCACCACUUCUACCACUGUAGCCACCACUCCUGCAUCCACCACCAGCAGCACUGCCCCAACAACCACAUUUACUGCCCCAGCAACUACAGCUACUGCAACGACAAGCACCACUACAGCCCCAACAAGCACCACUACAGCCCCAACAACCACUAUUACUGCCCCAACAACCACCAUUACUUCCCCAACAACCACUAUUACUGCCCCAAUGACUAGUACUAUUGCCUCAACGACCACCAUUGCCGCACCGGCAAUCACCACUACUGUCCUUACGGCCAACACUUCUACCCUGGCAACUACGACUUCUACCGCUGCAACUACAACCUACACAACAACCACCGCUAUUGACCCUACAACCACCCCUAGUGCCCCAACGACCACCACUGCUACCCUAACAACCACUGCAGCCCCAACUAGCACUACUACUCCCACAACCACCACUACUGCAAUGACAUCCACCCUAACCCUAACCCCUACGCCUGUCGUUACCAGCCCCACUACCCCUCUUACAACUCUUACAACCAACACUACUGCUCUGACAAUUGCCACCAAAGCCUCUAUGCCAGGGGCCAUCUCAGUCCAGUGCAGGGUCGCUGCCAUCACUGUGACAAUUGUCAGGGAUUUUCUUCUGAGCACCAAAAUCACAGAGAGCGCCCUCUAUCUGGGCUUGCCAGAAUGUGGUGUCAAUGGAGGCAAUGCCACCCAUGCCCAGCUGACCGUGGCCUGGAAUGAGUGUGCCACCAGGCUUGUGCAUAAUGAAACCCACUACACGGCAUCUAUAACCCUGUUCAACACCAUGGAUCCGUACAACACAUCCAGUGGAACGGUGGAGGCACCCAGAAUACGUCUAGAGGUUCCCAUCAUGUGUGCCUACAUGAAGAGCAUGCUCAUCUCUACAGACUUUGGCUCCAUGGGGUAUGACAUGAUCAAAGACGUCAUCAUGGGCUCAGGGUCGUUCCAGGUGACGGUGCGGCUGAUGAACGGUACGAUGCCUCUACCCCACAACUACAGCCUGUCCCCUGGGGAGGCCGUGGUGGUGGAUGUCAGCCUCAACACCUCCUCAGAGCACAUUAAAGUAGUUAUCGACAAAUGCUGGGCCACUCCCACCCAAAGCCCCAUCGACACCAACAGCCACGUCUUCCUGGAGAACAGCUGCUCCCUGAACACAUACGUCAAAGUGCUGAUGAACGGCAACUCCAGCACAUCUCGUGUGUCCGUGCAGAUAUUCUCCAUCGUCAACCUGGAUGUGAUCUAUCUGCACUGCCAGGUCCAGAUCUGUGCGCAGAUCGGGUCAGACACCUGCGUGCCUGACUGUCUACAAAGAACAGCUCGGUCUUCAAACACAAUUGGAAGAGCUUUUGGUUCUUCUGGGCCUCUACUGAAGUCAGACGAAGAUGACGAGGAGCAGAAAUAUGAUAUGCUUCAUAUAGUUGGACUCUCCUGUCUCGGAAUUGGCCUGUCGCUCUUCUUCAUCGUUGGUUUUGUGUGCCUUUUCUACUACCAAAGGAACCGCAUUGGGCACUACAACUUCAGCGUCAAACCCAAGCAGGAGAACUUCACCUACCUGGUCUUUAAUACCUAGGUGUGCAGCGGCACUUACAACCAGAGCCGCAGAAUCAAAUCAUGCAGCUGCAAAUAAUUUUGACAGGCUAUUACAGCACAGCUGCCACAGGGUGGCACUGUUUCACCAUUCACAUGUUAGUUCUCUUCAAACAUGGCAAAUCUUGCACACAUUAUAUUUAUAGUUGUCCUGCCCCCUUCACGUUUCUAUUUAUGAUACAUGUAUAUAAAGCACAAUAGAAUUUAUAUUCAAUAUAUAUAUAUAUCUUGUUACAUUUAAGAUGUUAAAAUGAGUAGUUGCACACUGGAAUGUCAAAUAUAGAGACUAUGCAUGUUUCAGGGAUUUUUAACGUUGAAGAGGAGGAAGAUAAGUGUGACUUGUUACACAGUUUAAAAGCUAAAAGUUUCUGUCUUGAAAGUUUUAAAACACAUUCUGUCUUUAGUUGAGACAAAACCUGUUCACAGAAGCGUGAGACAUGUUAAUACCGGAGAGAAAAUUGCACACACUAAAUUCAGAAAACUGAAAAUAGCCACUGAGUGUGGAGAAUAUUUCACUGCAUGGUUCACAGACCAAUUUAGUUUGCACUGAAACUAGCUUGUAUUGCUUUGUAUAAGAGAUGUUCGUGUGGGCAAAUAUGCUUCAAAUAUACAGCCUGCAAUACUGGUCAUGCACAAUUAUCACUUUAUCUUUUCGAGCUGCUAUUUUUUGACAGGUGCACUUUUUUUGUAUCCGUGGUGUUUGUUACACGUCUGAAAUAUUCGUUCCCUUCUCACGUGUACAAAGUCGUUGUGCUGUAAGCGGUGUGACAAUAAACAUGUCCUGUAUGA